AUGGGCGCUAACACCAAGUCUGAAGACGAAUGGCGUGCCAUCUUAUCUCCAGAACAGUUUAGAAUCCUCCGUCAGAAGGGAACAGAGGCACCCGACACAGGGAACUACAAUCACCAUGACGCGCCAGGCGUGUACGCCUGUACUGGCUGUGGGACGCCACUAUACAAGAGCAGCACGAAGUUUAACAGCGGCUGCGGAUGGCCCGCUUUCUUUGAUGCGAUCCCUGGUGCCGUUAGUAGGCAUCAAGAUCGGUCAAUGUUUAUGACUAGGAUAGAGAUUACCUGUACCGCAUGCGGUGGCCAUCUCGGGCAUGUGUUCAAGGGAGAAGGAUUCGAUACGCCAACCGACGAACGACACUGCGUGAAUUCCGUCUCGCUGAACUUUAAGGAGGAAUAA